CGCCAUGCAGCACUAUGGGGUGAAUGGCUACUCCCUGCACGCCAUGAAUUCGCUCAGUGCCAUGUACAACCUGCACCAGCAGGCAGCCCAGCAGGCCCAGCAUGCCCCCGACUACCGUCCAUCAGUGCACGCGCUUACACUGGCUGAACGCCUGGCCGGCUGUACAUUUCAAGACAUCAUCUUGGAGGCCCGCUAUGGCUCCCAGCACCGCAAACAGCGUCGCAGCCGCACAGCGUUCACAGCCCAGCAGCUUGAGGCCCUGGAAAAAACCUUUCAGAAGACUCACUACCCAGAUGUGGUGAUGCGUGAGAGGCUGGCCAUGUGCACAAACCUGCCUGAGGCCCGGGUGCAGGUGUGGUUCAAGAACCGCAGGGCCAAGUUCCGGAAGAAGCAGCGCAGCCUGCAGAAGGAACAGCUUCAGAAGCAGAAGGAGACCGAGGGCUCCCACGAGGAAGGCAACAUUGAGCCCCCAACCCCAGACACUCAGCUGGAGUCGGACCAGCCCCCCAGUCUGCCCAGUGGUGAUCCUCCUGCUGAGCUUCACCUGAGCCUGUCAGAGCAAUCGGCUAGUGAGUCUGCCCCUGAGGACCAGCCGGACCGUGAGGAGGAUCCCCGGGCCGGGGCUGAGGAUUCCAAAGCUGAGAAGAGCCCUGGGGCUGACAGCAAGGGGCUGGGCUGCAAGAGGGGCAGCCCCAAAGCAGAUUCCCCAGGCAGCCUGGCCAUCGCUUCUGCUGCCCCAGCGGGUAGCCUCCUGGGCCCCUCCCACUCCUAUUCCUCGUCCCCGCUGAGCCUCUUCCGUCUGCAGGAGCAGUUUCGCCAGCACAUGGCUGCCACCAACAAUCUGGUUCACUACUCGUCCUUUGAAGUGGGAGGCCCAGCCCCCACAGCGGCUGCCGUGCCCUACCUGGGUGUCAACGUGGCCCCUCUCGGCUCCCUGCACUGCCAGUCUUACUACCAGUCCCUGUCUGCAGCCGCUGCUGCCCACCAGGGUGUGUGGGGGUCCCCACUGCUGCCUGCGCCCCCUGCAGGGCUGGCACCGGCCUCAGCUGCCCUGAACAGUAAAACCACGAGCAUUGAGAACCUGCGGCUCCGGGCCAAGCAGCACGCAGCUUCCCUGGGACUUGAUACGCUGCCCAACUGACUGGUCUUCAGCCCAGCCAAGGGGCUUGGGUGCCCCCUUCCAAGCCCCAUGGUUUUCCCCAGAAGGCUCAAGGAGGUAAUUUUAGGAGUCCAGAAAUCAGGGGGCCUGAGUCUUCUCCCUGUCCUCUUCCUCAGAGCCACAGCCCCCGGUGAAACCUACACACCCUCUGCAUGGCCCUGCUUGGACCCCAUGGAGGCAGAAUGGGGAGGAGGUGAGGGGCAGGCUAGAUCCUCUCCUCAGUGUCUCCUCCUCCCUGCCCUCCUCCCACUUCUGCCCCUAGUAAGUUGAUGUGUGGAAUGUGAGAUAUAAAUAUAAAUAUAUAAAGCUCUAUUCUCAGGCACUGCCUGCCCCAGGCCCCUGUCCUGCUUCUGUUGCUUCUCCCUGACAUCCUUGCUCUACCUGCAGCUUCUACAGCUCACUCCAGACUUCCCUUCUCUCUUGAUCUCCCUCUCCCUACCUCCUUUCUGGUCACAAUCCCCGCUCUGUCUUCCCCACCCUGAUCUUUCUCCUGUGUCUCUUCCUCCUGCCCCUUUGAUGCUGGCUGUGUUGGUGUCAUCAGUUCCCCAGCUGUAUUUUCUUUGGGAUUGUAGUUUUUUGGUUUUAGUAAUUUUGCUUCUUCCUGUUUCUCUGCUCUUCUCUUCUCCCUCCUGGCUUCUUCCCUACCUGCCUGUCUUUCCCUUCACCCGCAUCCUCUUUAGGCAGCUAUUCCAUGCCAUGCCCCAACAGGAAACAAGGUCCUAGAUAGAGACCCCGGAGCAGCAGGCAGGAGGUGGUCCUGGUCCUCAUGUCUACCCUCCCCUGACAUCCAGAAGGGGGGCAUGAGCCAUUUUCUCUUCUCUCUUCCCAGCUUGGAGGCCCCAUUUUCUCAGCUUAGAGAGGAAGGAAUGGAGGCAACAGUCAGGCUGGAGUGGGCAGUGAAAUAGCCAGCGGCCCUGCCUGCACUUCCUCCAAGGCCCCUGUUCACUCAGGUCUGACUGGAGCUCUAAGGCCCUUUUGAUGAGAUUUCCCUGCUAGGUGAGAGGUACUCUCAGAGGGAACAGGGCUGGUCCUCCUCUCUCAGUCCCAGCCUCUGAGUUCAGCAGUUUCUCUUCUUCCUUGAAGUGUGUCGGAGCCAGAAAUGAAGGUUGAACUCAGGGUCCUGAUCACAGUGAGUGAAAACCACACAGCAAUGCAUACGUUGAGGCUUCUGUUGGCUUCUUGUUCCAAAACCAACAGUGGAAAUAGGGGCCUCUGUCAAGCGAGUCACUGGCACAGAAAGGGAUGGUCUGUUACGGGCAGGCAACCCAGCUCAGCAGAGCCCCUUUCACAGAGGUGUACCUUGGACAA